AUGGCGGACCAGACCUCGGCCGCUUGGCCCAUCGCUGAUGAGGCGCUUAGCCAGACCAUCCUGGACCUCGUCCAGCAGGCAUCUCACUAUCGUCAGCUCAAGAAGGGUGCCAACGAAGCCACCAAGACUCUGAACCGUGGUACUUCGGAGCUCAUCGUUCUCGCAGCUGACACCUCUCCUUUGGCGAUCCUUCUGCACCUCCCUCUCCUGGCUGAGGACAAGAACGUUCCCUACGUCUACGUCCCCAGCAAGUUGGCCUUGGGCCGUGCAUGCGGCGUGUCCCGUCCCGUCAUCGCGGCCAGCAUCACUACCAACGAAGCAAGCGACCUGACUCCCCAGAUCCGCGCCGUGAAGGACCGUGUCGAGAGAUUGAUGAUCUAA